AUGGGAAGAGAUGAGAGUAGCAGAGAAGUUGUUGACGUUGAAGAAGGUGAAAUUCCCGAUUCGAAUUCAGUGGAGGAGAUCAGUGAGGAGGAUUUUGUGAAGCAGGAAUCCAAGGCUGUUGAGCCGAAAUCCAAUGGAGGAAGUGGAGAUGGAGCUAGGUUUUGGACGUUUCAUGAAGUCCUCGCCCAUCCGCACUUUCGCGGCAUCGGCGGCGGCGGUCUGGCUAACCUGGCUUGGGCUCAGGCCGUGCAGAAUAAACCGUUCAAUGACCUCCUUGUGAAGUUGGAUUCCGACGAGAAAUCGAAGCAGCAGCAGCAGCAGAGAUCGUCGGUGAGCUCCGGCAAUGAGAAAGUGGUGAUUAUUGACAGUGGCGAUGAGAUGGAUGUGGAGAAGGAGGAGGAGGAGUUGGAGGAGGGGGAGAUUGGUUUUGAUUCGGAGUGCGGCGAUAAUGACAAGGCGGCUGGUAGUGUUGGGAAUGGGGUGUGGGAGAAGCGAGUGAACUUGCUAAGGGAAGCAUUGGAGUCUCUGACUAUUACUGAGGCCGAGAAAUCAUUUGGGGAUGUAUGUCACCGGUUUCUUGACAGUUUGGAAAGCUUGCGAGGAGUGCUUUCAGAGAUAAAUGUGUCGACUAAAGAAGCUCUUGUUCAGCAGUUGUUCAAUGCUGUACGAGCUAUUAGCUCUGUGUUCCGCUCCAUGAGCGCGGACCAGAAGGAGCAGAAUAAAGAUGUUCUAUCAAGGAUACUUUCUUCUGCAAAGAGUGAUCCUUCUCCUUUUCCUGCAGAGCAGCUAAAAGAGAUUGAAGUGAUGAGUUCCUCUAUGGAUUCCCCUCAAACUAAAGCAGGUACUAAGGAGAAUGGGAUACAGUGUAUCAAUGGGGUUUAUAAAACGGAUUCUGAUACUUCAGGUGCAAAUGCCAGUCAUGUGUUCACUUAUGCAGCUAAUACCGGGUCAGAUACACAGGUAUCUGUGGUCCAUAGCAAUCCAAAUAUAUCAUCUGAAGUCCCAAGAUCAGGAUCAUCUAGUUUUAAGGGUAGGGGACUGAUGCUACCCCUCUUAGACCUUCACAUGGAUCAUGAUGAAGAUAGCCUUCCAUCUCCUACACGAGAACCACCAGCAUGUUUUCCUGCCCAGAAACCAGUGGUUGUUGAGAAUGGGAUGGUAAAAAAAUCAGGGUGGGAGACAGCUCGGGCGGCCCUAGAUGUAGAAGGUUCAAAAAUGCAUGUUUAUGAAACUGAGGCUCUUAAGGCUGUUUCUAGCUAUCAACAAAAGUUUAGUCGCAAUUCUUUUUUGACGAGUGAACUUCCAAGCCCGACUCCUUCAGAAGAGGAAGGUGAUAAUGGGGAUGAUGCUGCUGUUGGGGAGGUAUCUAGUUCUUCUGCGUCUAAUAAUGUGAGAACUCCACAACCCCCCGUUUCGGGUCGUCAAGUUGUUUCUUCUGUUCCUGCUACCACCCUCCCAGGUAGCUCUGGCAUGCAUGGACUAAUUACUGCAAAAACUGCAUCACCUGUGAGUUUGGGUUCUAAUAUGCCCAAUAAAUCUUCAGCUAAGAGUAGAGACCCUAGGCUUCGAUUUGCCAAUUCUGAUGCUGGUGCUUUGACCCUUAACCAACAGUCCUCAAUUCAAGUGCAUAAUGCACCUAAAGUGGAUUCUGUUAUCACAUUAAGCUCAAGAAAGCAUAAAUCCCCUGAGGAUUCGAAUUUUGAUGGUCCUGAAUCAAAAAGACAAAGGGGUGCAAACUCAGUGGUUGGUUGGGGUGCAAAAACUUCUUUUGGAAAUGGUGUCUGGUUGGAAGACGGCAGUAGUGUCGGACCUCAUUUAAUUAACAGGAAUCAGACCGUGGAGAAGAAAGAAGCUGAUCCCAGAAAAAUGGUUAAUGUUUCAAGUUCUCCUGGUACUGUAGAGGGCAAUUCCAAUGGCCAAAAUACUGCCAAUGAGAAGGUGCCGUUAGUGGCCCCAAGCUUGGUUUCCUUGCCUGCAAUAUUUAAAGAUAUUGCUGUCAAUCCAACCAUGUUGGUUAACAUACUUAAGUUAGCAGAAGCUCAGCAGAACGCUGCUGCUCCUGCUCGUAAAGAAAGUUUGACAUAUCCUCCAAGCUCAAGUUCAAUCCCUGGAACUGCUGCAUUAGUGAAUGAUCCAUCAAAGACAUCUGGAGCUUUGCUGACGCCAACCAUUUGUUCACAAAAAACUCCAACGGAUGAGGCAGGAAAAAUCCGCAUGAAACUUCGGGAUCCUCGUCGACUUCUUCAUGGUAAUGCACUUCAAAAUAGUGGAAGCGUGGGACAUGAACAGUCAAGAAAUAUUGUACCCCCAUUGUCAAGCAGUCAGGCAAACAAUGAUGAUAUGAAUGGGAAAAAGCAAGAUAGUCAGGCAGAUAACAAUUCAGUAACUUCACAGUCAGGGGCUCUAGGAGCCCCUGAUAUUGCUAGCCAAUUCACCAAGAAUCUUAAAAAUAUUGCUGAUAUUAUCUCUGUUUCCCAAGUCUCAACAAGUCCAGCAACACCUUCUCAGAAUCUAUCUACGGAACUGAUUUCAAUCAACCCAGACAACGUUGAUCUGAAAGCUGAGGAACAGCAUACUGGAAGUAUUUCUGCAUCUGUACCAACUGCAGCUGGUGCAUCUCGUUCACCGGCCACGUGGGGAGAUGUUGAACAUCUAUUUGAAGGAUAUGAUGACAAGCAAAAAGCAGCUAUCCAAAGAGAGAGAGCAAGAAGGAUAGAAGAACAGAAGAAAAUGUUUGCAGCACACAAGCUGUGCCUUGUGCUGGAUCUAGAUCACACCCUUCUUAAUUCAGCUAAGUUUGUAGAAGUCGAUCCAGUGCAUGAUGAAAUUUUGAGAAAGAAAGAGGAACAGGAUCGUAAAGAGCCACAAAGACAUCUCUUCCGGUUUCAACAUAUGGGAAUGUGGACCAAAUUGCGGCCUGGGGUGUGGAAAUUUUUAGAGAAGGCUAGUCAUCUUUUUGAGAUGCAUCUUUACACUAUGGGGAACAAGUUAUAUGCUACAGAAAUGGCAAAAGUGUUAGAUCCAACAGGCGCUCUUUUUGCUGGACGAGUUAUUUCUAGAGGUGAUGAUGGGGAUCCUUAUGAUGGUGAUGAAAGAGUUCCUAAGAGUAAGGAUCUGGAAGGAGUUUUGGGUAUGGAAUCAGCCGUUGUAAUUAUAGAUGAUUCUGUGAGGGUCUGGCCGCAUAACAAACUGAAUUUGAUAGUUGUAGAAAGGUAUACCUACUUUCCUUGUAGCAGACGGCAGUUUGGGCUUCUAGGUCCUUCCCUUCUUGAGAUAGAUCAUGAUGAGAGACAUGAAGAUGGAACUCUGGCAUCCUCAUUGGCGGUUAUUGAAAAGAUACAUCAGAUCUUUUUCUCCCAUCCUUCCCUAGAUGAAGCAGAUGUUAGAAAUAUUCUGGCUUCUGAGCAGCAAAAGAUUUUGGGUGGUUGUCGUAUAGUAUUUAGCAGGGUGUUUCCAGUUGGUGAGGUAAAUCCCCACCUACAUCCUUUGUGGCAAACAGCUGAACAGUUUGGUGCUGUGUGCACCAACCAGAUAGAUGAUCAGGUUACCCAUGUAGUUGCCAAUUCCCUUGGGACUGACAAGGUGAAUUGGGCUCUUUCUUCUGGAAAAUAUGUUGUGCAUCCUGGCUGGGUGGAAGCUUCAGCUUUGCUUUAUCGGAGGGCAAAUGAGCAAGAUUUUGCCAUUAAAUCGUAAAGAACCACAUUCUAACCCUUUUGGUAAACUAAAACUGAUGUGAACAUAGGCUCACGAAUCACCUUGGAGUCGUGACAGAACUCCAACCUUAGGUCUGGUCAUGCGGGAGUUGAGUUGGGCUUGACCUGACACUGCUUGGCCUUGUUUUGAUUCGUAUGUCCACCCAUUAAUUGGCAAUUGCACCCUAAAAUUGCCUCGCCAAUCCUCCCAAGCAUAUGAAACAGCCCUGAGCCUAAAAUAUUGCUGUCAUGGUGGGGCUGUCUCCUGAAGAAUAAUGAAGUAGUAAUCGUGGUGGUUUGAGCAUGGUGAUUGUGAUUUGGUUCGGAGCAUUGUUCCCCUAACAGGUUUCUUCUUGAAAAAUCCUGAGAGACCAGAUUCCCUUGACAACUUCCAGCCAUUAGAUGUAUAUAGCCAGUGAGUUUGUGGAUCCAAAACGUAAAAUAAGAGGCUGAAAUCGGAACUGCUCGGAGACGAUGCGGAGGGAGGGAUAAGGAAGUGCCUCCCUAACUUGGAAGAGGGACUGGUUCGGAUUUGAACUUGGUGUGGUGGAAUCAUAGUUGACUGGGGCUGGUUGGCUAACUUUCUAUUCAACUCUAGUCCCAACCUAACUAAAUUGGUUUUGCAAAAAGAAAACAUGGGGCAUAAGUUGGUAAAAGAAAUUUACUACACAGAGAUAGAAUAGUGUCUUUGCUGGUUUUGACCUUCGGUUUCUUAUGUUUUUACCAUGUAGUCGAUAAUGACAAGUUUUUUUACUGAAGACAGAAAAGUUGUUGCCGGUCUUCGACCUUGUCCGUUGCUUAAGCUAGGUAAACUUCUUACAUAUAUCACUUGAAUAGAGACCUGGAAGGAAUUUUCCCUAUAACAACUGGAGUUCGAGGCAAGGGUAUCCUACGAGGUCUUCUAAUCCAAUCGAUUUCAAAUGAUGAUGACACAUAAAAGGGUUAAGGGGGUUUAUGAAGCUACUGGAAGUACUUGAUAGUAGCUACAAUGAAAAACUGAUUUCGAAGUUAUAGGGCCAGAGGAAAAUUGGCAGUUCAUUUGUUCAGAUUUGACAGCAGCAUUAACAGGAAACAUUUGAAUGACAUUGAUUAACUAUCAGAAUUCAGAAGUAGAGGCUACCAGUGUCACUUGUACUGAAACUUCAAAGAUACAUGACCAGUAGCAGAGUUCUGGUUAUUGCGAUUCAGCAAUGCCAGUCUCCACCUCUCAUGGAAAUCAUCCAUCCCCCUCCUCGCAGUCGAAUCACAACACCCUCUAAACCUCAAUCUCCUACCUUAAUUGUUACUACAAUCCCAUGCUCAUUGUUUGCGUUGCGGUUGGUAGCAACGCAAGUAACAUUUGUAGUUGGUGCCAUGAUGGAAGGUCUUUGACACUACUACAAUGGAUGGUUAUGGAACUCUGGUCAUAGUGUCGACUAGAAAUGUAACUUGUCACCAACUAUUAGACA